AUGCGCAGAACCCUCUUAGUGGCCAACACCUCCAACAUGCCCGUGGCCGCCAGAGAGGCCUCCAUUUAUACAGGAAUAACACUCGCCGAGUACUUCCGGGAUAUGGGGUACAACGUCGCUAUGAUGGCCGACUCCACUUCUCGCUGGGCCGAGGCACUCAGGGAAAUCUCCGGACGCCUCGCCGAGAUGCCUGCCGACUCGGGCUACCCCGCCUACCUCGCCUCCAGACUCGCCUCCUUCUACGAGCGGGCAGAUCCCGUCACCACCGCCACACUCGGCAUUGUCCAGGUCUUUUGGGGGCUCGACAAGCCUUUGGCCCAACGCAAACACUUCCCUGCCAUCAAUUGGCUUAACAGUUACAGCAAAUAUAUUCUCAUCCUCGACGACUUUUACGACGCCAACCACCCUGACUUUAUUCCUCUCAGAAACAAGACUAAAAUGAUUCUCCAGAAUGAGGAGGACUUGACUGAGGUCGUCCAAUUAGUCGGCAAGAGUUCCCUCGCUGAGUCCGACAAGGUCACCAUCGAGAUUGCCAAGAUUAUCAAAGAGGACUUUCUACAGCAGAAUAGUUACUCACAAUACGACAGGUAUUGCCCUUUCUACAAAACUGUCGCCAUGCUCCGCAACAUCAUUCUUUUGUACGAUUUGGCCUCCAAGGCCGUCACUACUCACAAACUCACCUGGAACACCAUCCGCCAUUCUCUCAACCAACAUCACAUUCUUGUCGACAUUUCCAACUCCAAGUUCUACAAUCCUUCCGAGAUGACUCAACAACACAUUACUCAACAAUUCGACCUUCUCGAACAGAGGAUUCACGACUGUUUUAAUCACAUGGACUAUUAA